AUGACAAAGCGAAAGUCUACUACGGGUGCUGAAGAGUCGCACCAAGACAGCCACCAUGGAAACAGAGGCGGGCGUGCUGGACGCGGUGGACGCGGCGGCCGGUACAAUGGUUGUUUCAGUCACCAUGGCGGAGGACAUUGGCAAUGCGGUCCAUUUCCGGGUCAAGCCCCUGUUCACGCCGUCACCCAUUCUACUACUAUUCACUAUGGACCUCCAGCUCCCCCAGGAUAUGCAACCGGCUUCCAACAUGGACAAUUUCCUUCGCAACAGCCUGUCUCUGCCGGGCCGGCACUACCCCCGUACCAAUUCGCUCCUCAAGUACCAUGGCAAUCUGGAAACGGGCUCUCAAACCCAUUCUCCCAGCCGCAGCAGGUCCUACAGAUACAAGACGCGAGCCCCAGCAAUGGACAGGGCAAUGACCAUGGAAAGAGACAGAAGAGGAGAAAGCAGAAGAGAUCUGAUCACACCGAAGCCCAGGUGGUCACUGGAGUCGAAACAGGCCAGGGGCCAUCCUCUGGAUCCCAGAACACUUCGCGUUCGCAGCAGGAGUUGACUGAAGGUAGGGAGGUUCGAACUCCUCACUGGAACUAUAGAGGGAGCACCUUGUCCGCCGAUGAAACUCAAGGCUCCUCCAUGCGGCGGAGCUUCAUUGACAAUAACGAGCUGGUCAACGACAUUACUUGGCACGCCCGGCCAGAAACGCGCGACAGUCACCGCCGCGGAGUUCCUUUGGACUUUCGUGGACUGAGCAUACUCUCCUACAACCGACGGGUUGCGAUUCCAUACGACGAGGACAUAACUUACGUCGAUAGAUCUCAGCAGCCUUCAGCUCCUAUGGUGCCAGAAUUUUGUGGCGUUUGCAAGAAGCCUGGUCACAAAGUCAUCCAGUGCUGGGCUGUAGAUGAAAAUGGCUUCACGACUGGCUGUGGAGUGUGUAGCUCUGGCCAACAUGACACCGAAGGACACCAGCCAAAGGAUUGA